UGUUAUCGAUUUACGGAAUCUGUCGGUGAAAUGGAUACGUACUCGGUGGACGUGGUGUACCAGGCUAUCAGCGCCCUCUUUCAGGGCAACAAUCCUAAAGAGCAAGAGAAGGCCAACAAAUGGCUGCAGGACUUCCAGAAGUCGAUUUAUUCGUGGACGAUUGCGGACGAGCUGCUGCACCAGAAGCGGGAUCUGCACGCCAACUACUUUGCCGCACAGACGAUGCGGAAUAAGAUACAGAACUCCUUCAGUGAACUGCCCCCGCACACGCACGAAUCCCUGCGCGAUUCUCUGAUCACACACAUCGGUCAGAUCGACGAGCAGACCGACAAUGUGAUUGUCACACAGCUCAGUUUGGCGGUGGCCGAUCUGGCCCUGCUUAUGGCCAGCUGGCAGGAGCCCAUCAACGAUCUGUUGGUUACUCUGGCUCCGCAUCCCGCUGCCAUUUGGCCGCUGCUGGAGGUCCUUAAGGUUCUGCCAGAGGAAAUAGACUCCAGGUAUCUCAGACUGGGGGCCAAUCGGCGGGAGGAGGUCCACAAGCAGCUGGAUGCCAGUGCCGAGUGCGUUCUGAAGUUCCUUUGCAUGUGCCUCCAGCGUGAUGAUCUCGACCAGCAACGCGUGUGGAAUGCCGCGCUAAGGACCUACAGUGCCUGGCUGGUGAUCCAUGCCUUUCCCGUCGCCCACGUCUACAACAAUGCCCUUACCCAGCUGGCUUUUCGGUUGCUUUCGCUGCCGGAGACCUCGGGCAAGUUGCACGAAAAUGCCACGGAAUGUGUUUGCGCCCUGCUCUCCUGCAUGAACACUCGCCAGGAUAGCGAAAAUCAAUGUGAGUCCUCGGUGGAGGCACAGAUCUUUGCAGCUGUGUGUACGCUGGAGACGCCCUAUCACUUGAGUGUGGCGCACGAGGACACCGAUAAGACGAUCAACUACUGCCGGAUAUUCACCUCGCUGUGCGAUGCCUUCUUUAACGAACUGUUGGCCGAUCCCCAGAAGCCGCACUAUUGCCUUAAGGGCCUGGACCUGGUGUUGCUUUGCGUGGGUCACUUUGACUACGAGGUGGCCGAGAUCACCUUCCAUCUGUGGUACAAACUCAGCGAGGAUCUGUUCCAGCGCAACGACGACAAGCUGACGGCCCUAUUUCGGCCGCACAUCGAGCGACUGAUCAGCGCCUUGUAUCGUCAUUCCCAGAUGGAGAGCGACCACGAUGGGUUAAUUGAGGAGAAUAAUACAUUUUAUGACUUUCGUCGCAAGGUCUCGGAUCUAAUCAAAGACGUGGCCUUUAUUGUUGGUUCCGGAGCCUGCUUCAAGCAAAUGUUCCUAAUCCUGCAAGCACCAGACACUACCUGGGAAUCCACAGAGGCGGCUCUGUUUAUUAUGCAAAAUGUGGCCAAAAAUAUAUUGCCAGAUGAAAACGAAGUGAUACCCAAGGUGGUGGAGGCCAUCCUGAAUAUGUCCGAGCAAACCCAUAUAGCUGUUCGAUAUACGGCCAUCCUGCUGAUCGGUGAGCUUUGCGACUGGAUCGAGAACCAUGCGGAAUCCCUGGAAGCGGUACUCAACUUUCUGCUAUAUGCUCUCCAGCAAAAGAAUGGCUUAGCCCCAGCUGCAGCCAUGGCUUUGACUUCAAUUUGCACUGCCUGCCGCCAGAAGAUGGUGUGCCACAUUAGUGGCCUCGUGGAAAUUGCCCGCAGCCUGGACAGCUUUCAGAUUAACAACGAUGUGGCCAUUGGAUUACUUAAAGGCAUUUCCCUGAUCCUAACCCGUUUGCCGAGGGAUCAACUGCAGCCAGCGCUAAGGGAAAUUGUGGGCUUCCAGCUGCAACCGCUGGCCCAGCUGGUGGAGACGAGCAGUGUGGCCAGCGUGCAGAGGGGAGAGCGCAGCGAUCCCGUUUACUGGAUAGACAGAGCCUGUGCUAUAAUUCGGCACACGAAUCCCGAUGUGCCCGACACUGUGGAGCAUCCCACGGUGGCCAUCCUGAACGAUGCCUGGCAGCUGAUAUCGCGUGUGAUGGACAAGUACCAGACGGACCUGCGCAUUAUGGAGCGAACCUGCCGACUGAUUCGGUAUGGCAUCCGGAUGGUGAGGAAGCAGGCGGUGAUGCUGGUGGAGCCGCUGAUCAAGCAAAUGGUGUUACUAUAUGCCGUGCAGCACCACAGCUGCUUCCUCUACGUAGGCUCCAUCUUGGUGGAUGAGUUCGCCAAGUCUAGUGAAUGCAUUGGCGGCCUGCUGGAGAUGUUGCAGGCCUUCAUCGAACCCACCUUUGGCCUGCUGCAAAUGGAGAAUGGACUGAGGAAUAAUCCCGACACCGUCGAUGAUUUCUUUCGGCUGGCUUCGCGGUAUUUGGACUGCUGUCCGCUGCAGUUGCUCCAGAGCAGCCUUAUCACACCGAUCUUCCAGUGCGCCCUCAUAGCCUGCUCCCUGGACCAUCGAGAGGCAAACUCGUCGGUGAUGAAGUUCUUUGUUAAUCUCCUCGUUUGGGGCAGACCGAACAGUCACAGCCGGAACGCUGAGUGCCGUCCUCUGGUCGUGGAACUGGCCUGUCAGCAUGGCGGAGCUCUCGUGAUGAACCUGAUCCAGGCUUCGGUAUUUCAGUUGCACUCUUACAUGCUGGCUGAUGUGGCCGAGGUGCUCAAUGAACUGAAACAGGUGGUGGGCAAUGAUCGGAUGCAGCCGUUUUUGGUCCAAGCGCUGGAGGCGCUGCCCAAGAAGAACAGCGGUGGGUAUGUGACAGCAACGCAACAGCAGCUAGAUGAUUUUAGCAGAACGGUACUGAGUGCGGACACCACGAAAGCCAUUUCGCAAGCCUUGAAAACCUUCACGCGACUCUUCCGCUGAACAGCUUCCGGUUACCUGGAAGCCCCACCUGGAUUUUUGAUUAAUUCUGUACAUUUAAAUGGAAUGUAUGAAACAAACUGCAAUGGCGCAAAACAAUUUGUUGAAAACGCACUCUAUUAAUAAUCUAGUUGAAUCGAUUGUGUGUGUGACGUCAUAAGUUUUAAAUAACGUAUUGUAUAAUAAUGAGUGCGGUUAAGAGAUCCUCACAACCCUCUAGCCCUAGCAUUAAGUUUACAAUUAAAUAGCGCACUCCUAGAUUUAAAGUUCAACGACCCCCAAAAUGACUCAGAAACAACAACAAACUAAUACCAAUAAAAUACCCUUACUUUUA